AUGUCAGGAGCUCCAAGGGUAAGCCAAAUGAAUGUGGGAGAUUCCGAGUUAAGGUCUGUCCUUGGACCAGCUGGGAACAAGGAUCAGAAGUCACUGAAGUCGAGAAAACCUGUUUCUAAGCCUUGGGAGAAAGCAGAAAAGUCAACUAAGGAAGUUCAGGUUGUGGAAGAUAAGAAUGGCCUAGCACCAUCAAUUUCUUUUGAUGAUUUAUCAUCUCCCUUGGAUUCAAUACUUCACAGACAGGAGUCAUUCUUGCAAUCUAGUUUGUCCCUCAGUGCUUCAUGUUCUUCUGAUGCAUCCACAGAUUCGUUUCAUAGUCGGGCAUCAACUGGUAGGAUUUACCGAACAAAAAUUACCACUAGUAGGAAAAAGCUUUUGGCCUCAAAAGCAAAAGUAGGUAGUUCCAAUGGUAUUUCAGAAUUACCAUCUGAUAGUUCAGAGCUCAAGAAAAGAUGCGCCUGGGUGACACCCACUACUGAUCCCUUAUAUGCUACUUUUCAUGAUGAAGAAUGGGGAGUUCCAGCUCAUGAUGAUAAGAAUUUAUUUGAGCUGCUAGUACUUUGUAGUGCUCUAUCUGAACUUACAUGGCCUUGUAUUCUCAGCAAAAGGCACAAAUUUAGGGAAGUUUUUGCAGAUUUUGAUCCUACUGUAGUUGCGAAAUUGAAUGAAAAGAAAAUCAUAACACCUGGAAGCACUGCCAGCUCAUUAUUGUCGGAGCUUCGAUUGCGAGCUGUGCUUGAAAAUGCUCGUCAAGUAUCCAAGGUAAUUGAUGAAUUUGGGUCAUUUGACAAGUAUAUUUGGAGCUUUGUGAACCACAGACCUUUAGUAAGUAGAUUCCGAUAUCCCCGCCAGAUACCAGUGAAGACCCCAAAAGCGGAAGUCAUAAGCAAGGACCUAAUGAGAAGAGGUUUCAGGGGUGUGGGGCCAACAGUUGUCUACUCAUUUAUGCAGGUUGCUGGUUUAACAAAUGACCAUCUAGUUGGUUGCUUCAGAUUCCAGGACUGCAUCACAGCUUCAGAAGGCAAAGAGGAAGCAGCCACUAAGGAUAUACUACACGAAAAGAAAGUCAAUGCCGUUGAUAAAUCCAAACUGUGUAGAUCAAUGGACGAGCUGAGUAUAUCAUCAGAGUGA